AUGAGACUGCUGGCUCUCGAGUACGGCGCCGAUAUGGUGUACACGCCCGAGCUCAUCGCGCACAAGCUCGCUCGGUGCGUGAGGGUUGAGAACGAACGUCUUGGCUGUGUCGACUUUAUGGACGAUGACUCGCUUGUGCUCCGCAUCGCGCCUGCUGAGCGCCACGCGGUUGUACUCCAGAUCGGGGCGGCCGACAAGGAUCUUGCUCUCCGUGCUGCUCGCCUGUGCGAGGCCGACAUCAAUGCCGUUGACCUCAACAUGGGCUGCCCCAAGCCGUUCUCGGUCAAGGGCGGCAUGGGCGCCGCUCUGCUCAAGACGCCUGAAAAGGCUGUGGAGAUUCUGACGACGCUCGUCAGCUCGCUCUCUAUCCCAGUCACCUGCAAGAUCCGCCUGCUCGAGGAUGACGAGUCAACCAUUGCCCUUGUCAAGCAGCUGGCGGCGACGGGCGUGUCAGCCAUCGGCGUCCACGGGCGGACUCGCGACAUGCGUCCGCGCGAGCCUGCGCUGUGGGCGAGGAUCAAGGCUGUUGCCGACGCUGUCGACGUGCCCAUCAUUGCCAACGGUGACUGCUUCAAGUUCGAGGACUUUGCCACUAUGACCGCCGCCACCGGUGCAGCGUCGAUCAUGGUUGCCCGUGGCGCCCAGUGGAACGUCUCGCUCUUCUCGCCCGACGGCAUGGUGCCGCCGGCCGAGGUUGCCGCCCGCUACACCCGCCUAGCCCUGCACUGGGGCAUGGCGCCGGGCAACGCCAAGUUUACGCUCAACGCCAUGACCACCUUUGGCAUGGGCCCAGCCAUUCAGGCGGCAAAGACGUGGGCUGACCUUGCCAGUAUGUUUAAGCUCGAAAACGAGUACGAGCUCCUCUGCACCGCCUCGGGCUCGGAGCACGCCAACUGGGUGCCGUCGUCGCGAACCCGUGCCAAGAUGGAGCGCAUCAAGCGGUCACGGGCGGAAAAAGCCCGCAACACCGCCAAGAAGCGCUCGGCCACAGACGCGGCCAGCAAGCGUCCAGCCGCAGAUGCCGCCGCCGGAGCCGGCCCGGCCAAAAAGGCGAAGCGGCUCGACGCGACAGCGUCGGCGUGA